CUCUAAAACCUUUUCCCCUUCUUUACUAUCAACCCUGUAAGAAUCUUGAAAAACAUUUUCAAAAAUUCAUGACUUAAACCCUAGUUGCUUCAAAAGAUUCAAAGAUUUGAAUCCCUUUCUUUUUCUCCUUUAUCUGGUUUGCUUUGUUCAUUUUGAACCAGAUAGAGAGAGGGGCUCUUCAGCUAUGUCGACCCAGAAUCGCCGUUCCUCAGUUUCUUCGUCGUCGUCGUCGUUGAUGAAGCGGUCGUCGUCGGAUAAUCAUGGUAAGGUUACGACGGUGCCGUCGCAUUUGGCCAAGAAGCGGCCGCCUCUCAGUAACAUUACCAACCAAAAGAAUGCUUCUCUGAGUGGGUUAAAAAGCUCGGCUGCGGUCGGGACUAUGGUACCAUGUGCGGAAAAAAUUUCCAAAGCGAAGAGGGGAUCUUCUAAAAUUUCCCGAAGUGUAGGCAUCACUGGAAAUACAUCAUCUUCUUCCUUGAAUGUGAAACCAACUGCAGUUAUUCCCUGUAAGGACACAUCUCUUCCCAAAAGUGAUGGAACUGCCUCUACUGUUACCGCCCUUCCAGAUCCUUGCAGCUUGGAUGUUUCACCGAAUCGAUCCGAUGGUAUUUCAGCUUCCAUGGAUGAGACGAUGUCUACUUGUGAUUCUUUCAAGAGCCCAGAAGUUGAAUAUAUGGACGUUGAUGAUUUAGCGGUUAAUUCUAUUGAGAGGAAGACAUGUAGCAAGCUCUACAUUUCAGAGCAUGUGGAAGCAGAAGGAAAUAUUUGCAGUGAAGAUAUGCAUGUGGAGACAGAAACAAAUGGUAAAAUUGCUGAUAUCGAUGACAAUUUCGGGGAUCCACAGUUCUGCGCAACCAUGGCUUGUGACAUCUACAAGCACCUGCGUGCAUCUGAGGCAAGGAAGAGGCCUUCCACAGACUUCAUGGAGAGAAUUCAGAAAGACGUUAAUGCAAGCAUGAGGUCAAUUCUCAUUGAUUGGCUUGUGGAGGUUGCUGAAGAGUACAGGCUUGUGCCUGAUACAUUAUACUUGACAGUGAACUUCAUAGAUCGGUAUCUUUCUGGGAAUGUGAUGAACAGGCAACAGCUACAAUUGCUUGGUGUUGCAUGCAUGAUGAUUGCUGCCAAGUAUGAAGAGAUUUGUGCACCCCAGGUGGAAGAAUUCUGUUACAUAACUGAUAACACCUAUUUCAAGGAGGAGGUUUUGCAAAUGGAAUCUUCUGUCCUAAAUUUCUUAAAAUUUGAAAUGACAGCUCCAACAGCUAAAUGUUUUUUGAGGCGAUUUGUUCGAGCUGCUCAAGGAAUGAACGAGGUUCCAUCGUUGCAGCUCGAGUGCUUGGCGAACUAUAUAGCCGAGCUAUCCCUUCUGGAGUACAGUAUGCUCUGUUAUGCUCCAUCCCUUAUAGCGGCUUCAGCAAUUUUCUUGGCCAACUAUAUUCUUCUCCCUUCAAAGAGACCUUGGAAUUCUACCUUGAGGCACUACACACUCUACCAGCCCUCUGAUUUGUGUGAUUGUGUUAAGGCUCUUCAUCGCCUAUGCUGUAACAACCACAAUUCUAGUUUACCUGCAAUCAGGGAGAAAUACAGUCAGCACAAGUACAAAUUUGUGGCAAAGAAGUACUGCCCUCCUUCCAUACCUUCAGAGCUUUUCCACAACCUAAGCAACUAAGCACUGUGGCGUAAUUUUUCCAAUGUUCUGUUGGAUUAGCUUGUGUGUGUAUGGUGUAGGCUGCUUGUUCUAGUUCCAACUGCUGUAAUCCCCUUUCUGAUAACCACACCUGUUUUUGGAAUUUUGACUCCGACGUUAGGGUGGUGUCCUCCCCUAGAUCAUAAUCUUGUACAAUUGAGUUUUCUUAUUUAGCUUUUGUAGCUCAUUUCAAUGUCCAAUUUCUGUACAGAUUUAUCUUUUA